AUGUCUAACAUGACAAGUGCACAGUGGCUCGGACCGGGUGCGAAGGCUCUGCACCAACAUCAAGAAGGAACGGAAAGCAUAACGAUGCACUUCAGGAUCACCGUUGGCACCUUCGCCCUCUUGCUCUGUUUGCCCAGCCCUGGGCGGGGACAGGAGAGCAACAACAGGAUCACAGUGAGCAUCUCUGGGGGCAACGUCACCCUCACCUGCCCCACUGAGAAGGCCGUGUGGUGGAAGAAAAACUCACCCAGCAACCAGUCAUCGCCUUGGACGAUAGAGAACUACCGGGGGGAGCAGCACGACGGCCUCUACCACUGUGGCUCGGCUAAGAACAGCAGGAGCAUUUACCUGCAAGUCAAAGUGUGUCCCGGGUGUGUGGAGAUGGACUUCUGGCUCGUGACGGGCAUCAUCGUGGCCGACCUCCUGGUCACCCUGGGAGUCCUGAUCCUGACCUUCUACUGUAGCCGGAAACGGGCAGCCCGCUUUGGUGGGGGCCCUGCGGCAGGAGGCCCCCGAGCACGGCCGCGCGGCCAGAGGGAGGACCGGCCCCCACCGGUCCCAAAUCCAGACUAUGAGCCUAUCCGGAAAGGCCAGCGUGAGGUGUACGCCGGGCUGGAGCCCCGGGCCUUCUGA